UUUUUUAAACUUCUUCAUGUGACUAUCCUGACCUUAAAUAUAUACAUAUAUAUUUGUUUCAGGAUUAAAGAAAAAUCUAUUUACCUUCGCUUAUGGAAAAGAAACCACUGUAAUCACAGGGACUACCAGAAUAUUUCAAGAAAUGGUGCAUCUUCCCGAAACUUGAAAAAAUUUAUAGAAAGCUUGUCUAGAAACAAGAUGUUGGACUAUCCCGCCAUCGUUAUAUAUGCCAUGAUUGGAAAUGAUGUCUGCAGUGGGAAGAGUGACCCAGUCCCAGCCAUGACCACUCCUGAGAAACUCUACUCCAACGUCAUGCAGACUCUGAAGCAUCUAAAUUCCCACCUGCCCGAUGGCAGCCAUGUUAUUUUGUAUGGCUUACCAGAUGGAACUUUUCUCUGGGAUAAUUUGCACAACAGAUAUCAUCCUCUCGGCCAGCUAAAUAAAGACGUGACCUAUGCGCACUUGUACUCCUUCCUGAACUGCCUCCAGGUCAGCCCCUGCCACGGCUGGAUGUCUUCCAACAAGACGUUGCGGACUCUCACUUCAGAGAGAGCAGAGCAACUCUCCAACACACUGAAAAAAAUUGCAGCCAGUGAGAAAUUUACAAACUUCGAUCUUUUCUACAUGGAUUUUGCCUUCCAUGAAAUCAUACAGGAGUGGCAGAAGAGAGGCGGACAGCCCUGGCAGCUCAUCGAGCCCGUGGAUGGAUUCCACCCCAACGAGGUGGCUUUGCUGUUGUUUGCAGAUCGUUUCUGGGAGAAGGUGCAGCUCCAGUGGCCCCAAAUCCUGGGAAAGAAGAAUCCAUUCAACCCCCAGAUUAAACAGGUGUUUGGAGACCAAGGCGGGCACUGAGCCUCUCAGGAGCAUGCACCCUUGGGGAGCACAGGGAGGCAGAGGCGUGGGUAAACUCAUUCCACAAACCCUGUGGGGGCUGCUACGUCACAGGCCCAAAGGAGUCUCCUUCAGCAGCAUCUUUGCAAAAUGUCUUUCUCUCAAUGAAGAGCAUAUCUGGAUGACCGUGCAAUGCUGUGUGCUCCUGGGAUCAGUAACCCUUCCAUUGUUCCUGAAAUAACCUUUAAUAAAGUGCUUUGGGUGCCAUUCCAAGCAAGAGAGUAUCUGUGCCCUUUACAGCUAAUUGUUCUAAAAGGAGUUUCUAAAAACA